AUGCAUAACGGUACAUCUUUUACGGAGAUCCCAGACUUUACUCAGGAUCCUCAUAACGGGUUCUCCUUUGUCCCUACUCUCCACCACGACACUUACCCCUUCAUCGAUCCCAGCACUGCUGACCUUUCAGGAAAGGUCGUGCUCAUCACUGGUGCGUCCAAGGGCAUCGGGAAGGGCAUAGCCCUCGCAUUCGCCAAGGCUGGUGCGUCGGGCCUCAUCCUCAUCGCACGCUCGAACAUGAAGGCCCUUGAGGCCGAGUGUCUCGCGGCACAGCGCCCAGGGCAGGCUUUGAAGGUGCUGGCGCUCUCCGGCGUUGACACCACGGACCCGUCGCACGUCACCGAGGCUGCGAAGAAGGCUAAGGAGACUUUCGGACGCCUGGAUGUCCUCAUCAACAACGCAGGCCUCAUGGAGUCUAUGCACCUGAUUGCCGAGUCCGACCCGCUCGAGUGGUGGAAGGUCUGGGAGGUGAACAUCCGUGGGACGUACAACGUCACGCGCGCUUUUCUUCCCCUGCUUAUCGAAUGCGGCGGCGACAAGACGAUCAUAAACAUGUCAAGUGCGGCGGCGCACCACAUCCUACCCAUGGGCUCCGCGUACCUGACAACGAAGCUCGCUAUGCUGCGCUUCACGGAACUGCUCGUGACUGAGUACGGCUCUCAAGGUGUCAUCGCUUAUGCUGUCCAUCCCGGAUCCAUCAGAACGGACAUGGGGCUGUUCUUGGGCAAAGACUGGGAGCAUACGCUCAUAGACACCAUGGCACUGGCCACGGACACGCUCCUGUGGCUGUUGCGAGAGCGUCGGGCGUGGCUCUCCGGACGCUACGUGAAGUGCUUGUGGGAUAUGGAGGAAGUCCUGGCGAAGAAGCAGGAGAUCAUCGACGGUGACAAGCUCAAGGUCAGGAUGAUUGUCUGA